CCUCCCUGCUAGUUCUACUUCCCGUCUUUCUGUCGCCAAUAAUAACAGCUUAAUAAUGACUUUAUUUCGCUUAAAUGUGAAUAAUUAGGCAAUUAUAGUUUAAUGUGUAAAAAGUCAGAAAAGAAGAAGUACAUAUUUUUCUAACCCGAGAAGGCUUCCUUGUGUGUUUUUUGUGUUAAUCUCAGAGGGUUCGUAAUACUACCUCCACGUCUACGGAGUGAGACACACUCCUCCCUCACUCGCAGCCUAACCUCUUCUCUGGCCAGGAGCUUACUGUUGGAUACGAAACGAGGACUAUGUAACAAUUUAAAUUUCAGUGCCAGAUUAGGAGUAAACAGUUCGAUAUCCAGUAUUAAAAACUGUAAACACUUUAUCAGAAAUUAAUGUAUGGUACUAUCGUUCAAUGGAAUUCAACUGUUGAAUAGGGAGGUAAGAUUACACAGUCCCUGCUACUAACUUACACUAUAGUCUAUAGUGUAGUUAACGCGUUUGGGUUGGUACAUUUGGUCUUGCACCUGCACUCGGAUUGCCUUGCUUACGCCCGUUCUCUCUUUUCCUUGAUCCGAUGUCAUAACAUUUAAUUAAAUAUUUAAUUUUUGGUUCUCACAAUUCUUACAUUAGAGAUGAAAGAACACAAAAUAUGCUUCAUUAUUAAUUGGGAUUCAUUUCAAAACUUUCCACUUGUUGAACAGUUUCAGGCUUUCUCUGAAUACUAAACUUUUUAAGCCUGUCAACUGUCAAGUUUUGUGUCUACUAAAAAAAAUGGCAAAAAUCAAUCAAAUGGUAAUAUGCUCUAUCAAUGUUUUGCUUAAGACUACUGAAUAUCCAUCAGGUCAUCAGGUGUUAAUUGCUUAGUUACUAACUAGCCUGCCUGAUUUUUAAAUUUUUUUAAAAGAACUUUUGACUUUGGAAAUAAAAUGUAAAUUAUAAAAAUGUAGGCUUAAGCCUAAAAUUUAAAACUAAAGGUUAAGGCUUAAAACUUACUUAAGUACUAAUGCAGCCUAGACCUAGUAUUAUUUAAAAUUACUAAAAUUGCCAUUACUACUAGAAUAUUAAACUACAGUUUACACUUGAAUAACAACUUUUAGGUGACUUAAAAGACUUUUUCUGGUUCUGGUAUUGCUCGUUGCUGCAUCCAUAUACUGGCAUCAGUCCAAGUCCAACAGUUUUAAAAUUGGCUAAACAAUUAUGUUUAUGAUAUGAUGUUUAGUUUAGUUAAAAGUGCUAUCUUAGAUAGCACUGUGAAAGUGAAAGUGUAAGGCCUACUCAGUUUUACUACAUUUUAGUAAUUUACACAAAAUUCAAGUAAACAUAGCUGCACAAAUUAGGGAUGUAUUACUAAUAUAUUGAUAUCAUAUCCCUAUGAUAUGUUUUUUUUAGUAGCUUUUACUGUAUUUUUUCUUUUUAAAACUCGAAUAUAAUAUUAUUUAUGGUAAUAAUUUAGAGUGAAGUACAAGACUUAAUCAUGUAACUGGUUUUUUUAGGCCUAGGUAAAUCCUACUUUUGAUUUAAUUAGGGACCAUCUAUAAAAUGAUAUCACACUUGAUUUGUCAAUUUUUUUACCUCCUCCCCAUCAUUGCAAAAUUUUAACAAAAUUUAGACACCUUCAUAACAUCAAAAAUUCAUGAUCAACCCUCCGACCUAUAUGAAUGACAUCAUUAAUGGAUGGCCCUUAGCUUUAAUUUAAGAGCAGGGCCUAAUUGCUGCUACUAACAUGAUGAUGAAAUAUGAUGGAGUGGCUGAGGAGUAUAGUGUCAUAGUAGGAUUAGUAGCGUAACCCUGUACUUAUAUUAUAGGCUAGGCCAUUGUUUAGUCUUAAAUAUAAUUUACACUCACUUUCUCUUAUGCCUACAAGUUUAUAUAGUCCAGUAACCUGCUGAAAAGUGGUGCAUUAUUUAUUAUGCCCCAUCCAGAUAUAUUUUGUACAUUUACUUCUCAACACCCACUCAAACACUCCUUUUCUCCACUGUCAUCCCUACGCUGUCCAGCUAUCAUACAUUCCAACCAGUGGGGUUUAGAAAAAACUGUACAACAGCAUGACAAACUGUACUGUAUACUUUGUAUCUUUAUAUCUUUUUCAUCAUUUUUAUCAAUGCUUUUUACCGCAUUAAUAAAAAAUGAAUAGUGUCCGCUUUGCUUCACGCACAUUUAAGCAUGUUUACAUCAUUGGUAAAUGGAUAUAUCGCAUCAUUUGAAAAUAGCUUGCAAUAAAUCUGAUUCUUUUUUGGGGGGUCAAAUUUUGAUUUAUUUUGUUAGCUAAUCCAUAGCAAUUUUAUUAAUUCGAUAGCAAUCUAUAUGUAAUUGGCCAUAAUUCUUUGGUUAAUUAUGGUAGCUAUAGUAAUACAGAUUUCUGUAUUUAAAUUAAUGAAAUAAAAUAAAGUUCACCUGUCUUAAGCAAGUUGUUGAGUUUACCUUCAACUUAUAUUAUAACCUUAUUUUCAUAGUACCGGAAGUAUUAAACCACGCUUUUGUAAUAAAUAGGAAUAAUGACUAAUGCUAUUUAUUGUUUGAUAGUUAUUUUAAAUUUACACAUUAUAAUAUUGCAGUUCUAUUUAAAAAUUACGCACCCAGAUUUGUAAUUAUGGUUUACUACUCAAAGUAAUUACCACACUAUGCUGUCUUAGUAUUAAUGUAUGAUAUCAAUGAAACCGCACUGUUUCUAAAUUUAGAUGGCUUACAGAUCCCCAGCUUUGUCAUUUUGAACAGACAUAUAUAAUAAAUGAUUUAAGCAUCUUGUUGUCCAACGUUAAAUUUAUUGCACCACCAGUUUAAACACGUGACUUGUGCAGACAUAUUUAUUUUCUAACUCCAGUGAAAAACUGUACAAAAGCCUGUAUGCCCGUACAUCUUGGAAAACUUGUAAAAACCGUAUGUCCAACUCCCAUCAUACCAUAACCCUCACCCCCUUUUCAUAUUUCCAUCCUAGACUGGCCCUACUUUAUUAGAGCUAUUUUUACUUCAUGUUUCUUCCAAAAAAUAAAGAAUCAAUGAAAAAUAGUUUCUUUUCCCCUUAGAUUAGAUAAUUAAAUUGAAAAGCAUAAUUAGGAAGCUGCUAAUCUCUUGUGGUUUUAAAUAUUAGCUAAAAUAAAAUUUAUAGUAAAUAAAACAUAAAAUUAAAAUAUUUUGCUCACAAUUUUAAAAUAUCUAAAAAUGAAUUAGUACACAUUAUUGUAUCUGUUAUUAAUCACAUGUAGUUAACCACUUCGCUACCGAUGACGUUGACGUCAUGAUCACCCACUUUCAAUUACCAAUGACGUCACAUUGUCGUCAUAACAAAAAGUCAAAGAACUUUUCUGAAAUACCAAGGACGUCACGUCAACAUCAUAUUUCAAUACUAUAUAUUUCCUUAUUCGUUAAUCUAUAGAAAAGUUAAAAAGCAAAUUCGGAUAGAGAAUGAAAUGUACAGAAAAUUUCAUCUUUUAAGUUUUUUAUUGCCGAGUCAGCAAAAAUCAAUGCCCAAAACCCAGCGGUAGCGAAAGGGUUAAUGCUUGAAACCAAUCACAAAAUAAGACUUAACAUGUAGAUAUAGUCAUUUAUCAGCUGCUAGAAGUACAUGAUAAUCCAUGAUAUUUUUAUCAUGGAUCCAAGGUUUAACCAAUAUUUCUCUUGAGAAUGUUUAUAAAGUAAUAAAGGAGAAAACAAUUUAUCUUCCACAGAUUGCUACAAAUACAUUUUGCUAGCAGUUGGCACGAUGACCUCUCCUCUUUCUAGUAUAUUUACAUUCACAAGUCCAGCCGUCAAAAGACUUUUAGGAUGGAAACAAGGCGAUGAAGAAGAAAAAUGGGCAGAAAAGGCUGUUGAUUCCUUGGUUAAAAAGCUUAAGAAAAAGAAAGGUCAGUUAAACAUUUCAUGCCUCAAUCAUGUAAAUCAAUAUACAGACGAUAAUGUAGUCUUUCAUUCUUCAUAUGAUUUUUUUUAUUCAUUUAAGCUGAUUUUAAUGUGUAAAUUAGAAUGUGAAUAUUACAGAAUUAUGUCAAAAUUUACUCCACUUUCAUAAGGUUUUUCAGAUUAGUAAUACAUAAAAAUAAUUAACUAUUAUUGUCUGAAAAAUUAAAUAGUUUUUAUGUUAUUCAUCUUAUAAAAGUUUGUAAUAAUAUUAAUUUUUAAAACAAAUUUUCUUAAAGGGGCUCUUGAAGAUUUGGAAAAGGCUCUCUCGUGUAAGGAUCCGCACACAAAAUGUGUUACAAUACAGAGGUCUCUCGAUGGAAGGUUACAGGUUUCCCAUCGAAAAGGAUUACCACAUGUUAUCUACUGUCGGGUUUGGAGAUGGCCUGAUCUCCAGUCACAUCAUGAGUUAAAACCCCUAGACACAUGUGAAUAUCCUUUUAGUGCAAAACAGAAAGAGGUAUGCAUAAAUCCAUACCACUAUCGGAGAGUUGAAAGUCCUGGUGAGUUUUUAAAAGUUUUCCUUUAAAAUUUAUUAACUAGGAAUAUGAAUAAUUAAGUUGUAUUAACUCUGUCUCAGUCCACAGAUAAAAUCACUUUAGUUUAAUUCAUCAUUUUGAAAUGUAUCUUCUCACUUUAGUGUAAUUAUUUACUACUUAGAUUACUGUCAUUACAAAGUUUAUUCAUUUUUAAAUAUUUCAUUCGAAACGAAAGGAAAAGUAGAUCCUGAUUUUAUUUUCACUUUAAUUGGGUGCUGGAUAUGACCCCCAUCAAUUUAAAAACAAUAUGUAUAUAAGUAACUGAGCUCUUUUCACAAAAUCAUAUCAUAUUAAUUAUUGAAAAUUAUGGUGCAGGAGAUCCUAUGAGUUUUUUUAAAGUGAUUUCAGAUUGAAUUGUAAAAAUUUCUUUUUUCUUAACAGUGCUCCCCCCUGUCUUAGUUCCACGUUACAGUGAGUAUCCCACACACGGAGCAUUGCCCCCAUUCCAGCAAAUUCCGGAGCCAUCUAUGCCUCACAAUAUUACUUACCCCUUCCAGCAGCAGCACUCGCCACAAACGCCAAGUUCAGGACCUGGCAGUCCAUUUGGUCUUCCUGGUAAAAAGCACAAUAGACUCAUUUUCUUUUUAUCGCUUCAAUGGGUUUUAAUUUUACGGUUACUUUUUUUAAAUGUGUUCUAUGCCGUUAAAUGGUUAUGCAAAUUUAAUGUGUUUUAAGAUUUGACUCGUUAGAUGAACAAUAUGUAUCAAAGGUCUGCAAACCAAAGAAAAAUGAUAACUAAGCUAGUUAUAUUAACAAUAUUCAAUUAAAUUAUACUAUUAAAUUUAUAUAAAAAUGCAAAAUCAAAUUUACAGAAAUAAAAGAGUGAAAAAGUAUACUCCUCAAAAAUAAAAAUAUUAAUUUACAAACACACAAAGAUUAAAAUCAUGUAAGGCUCUUAUAAGUAUAUUACGUCUCAUAAGUUUCAUGUCUAGGAAGGGUGUGGGGGUGGUGUUCUAAUUCCCUUCCAUGUAAAUAAGCUGACAGCUUACACAGCCGGAAGAGAUUUACUAGAUUUCCAAGACAUCCCCCCCACCCCACCCCCUGAAAAGAAAUUCUAGAAAUUGCGUCACCCGGUAUCAUUCUUUAGAUAAUUCUUAUAAGAACACAAACAACCUUUCCCAAGCAAUGGAGGAGUACCCUUGGUAAAGCGCUGCACAUUUAAUCGGUGACGUUAGUAUCAAAACAAAAAGAGGGGUAAGGUUAAAUGUCACAGCUAGUGGUGAAUAAAAACUAGGUCAACAUACAGAUUAUAACAAAUGGUUGAACUGUUAGGGUUGCUUUGAUAAGAUAAUUGGCAGAUGUCCUAUUAAUGGCCUUACUGUUUUGGCGGAUGUUGAAUAAUUAUCUGCCGAUCAUUUAUUAUAUAACUAGAAAUAACCUGCCAAACAUUGGUGGGGGCAAUGUUUGAGCUUCCCAUCUACUAAAGUUACUUUACAAAACUUGCAUUUAAGUCCGGUAAGUGCUAAAUUUUGGGAAUUCUAUUUUGCGCAUUUAUUGAGCGCUUACCUUACAGACAUGAAUACACACAUGUGAAAAUAGAAAAUUAAAUUUGUGAUUUAUGCUUUGACUGUGCACAUUUUAAUUAAUUGUAGGUAUUUAUACAAUUUCAUGAUUUAUCACAACUAUGGCUUUACUUUUUGAAUUAUAAGGAGUAAGAAUAUAUCAUUAAUUUUACCACAACCGGCUGAAGAAACAGAAGUUAGGGCCUCCCUAAUUCCAAAACUUUAAAACUUUGCACCAUAAAUAGUGCGACAUUAUGUUGACUCAGCCAAUGACAUGGCUAGCUUUGUACCAUGGAUGAGUUUAAUGCUUACAUCAAAGACUGAGAUCAUCCAGGUAUCAGCACAAAAGUUGAUAGGUGAAGCAGCGCCCAAGUAAACGGCAGUCGUAAACAUGCUCAUGAUUAUUGCUUUUUAAUAUUAUCAGGGGAAAAGAUCAUUUGAGAAAAAUUUGCGCAUUUUAAAAAAAAAUCAUGCCUAAAAUGGUCAUGAGGUAAUCUGCCACUGAUAAAUUAUUUAUAAUAUCUAGAAACAUGGGACACUCCAUAUAAUACACACAAAUGUUAUAACUUAACUCUUGGCAUGUCUUCCCCCUCCCUCUUCCCUUUAAUGAAAAAAAAAGGAUCAUUAAGUGCAUUGAAAAUGCAUCACAUGAUGCACCAGCUAUUAAAAUGCACUAAUACAUUGACAAUUUGAGUAUGUGGUAAAAAGGAUAACCAGUUAGAUUUGUCGGCUAGUGUGUUGGUUUGGUACAUACCAAAGUAACUUCUAGGAAUUAACUUAAAAUAACAUCAAAGGAAUUGGUUAUUACACAUGAAUCUAUUGAUGUCAUCUCAGGAUGGUAAAAAGUAAUGUUAUGUGGUAUCUGCCAGACAUAUCAACUUGGAAAACAUCUCAGGAAGAGAAUGGGCGGUCGGGGUGUGGAGGAAAAAAUAUAUGAAACUACAUUUAGAGUCUUGCACAGUUUGUGUAAGAUUUUAUUAAAACCAUAGAGAUUUAACACUACCAGAACACUAACAUUUGGGAAAAUAUUUUCAUCAGCCUGAUUAGCAGAUCACUGGGUAAAAUGUGACAAAUGGCUAUUAAGUUGCAAAGUGACCAUUAAGCUGAUACUAAUUAUCCUCCAAUUAAUCUGCAAUCCUUGUUGCUAAUUGAAAGAAGUUAAUUGCUUUUUUUUACAAUAAUGUGGCACUUACAGAAAAACAACACAUUUCAUAACACAUUAUAUUUUAAUUUCUAAUUUACAAUAGCUGAUACCCCACCACCUGCUUACCAAGCUCACGAUGACAACCAAAAUAACCAGAAUGGACCCCAACCUAUGGAUACUAACCAUCAGCCUAAUCCUGCACACAGUGGGCCUCCAGUUUCAGGCCCAGCUUUCUCACUUUCUAAACUUGGGCCCAGAAUUACUGGUAAGCUGAGUAUUAAAAAUAUGAAAACUUACUACCGGUACAUUCAUAUUAUUAUAUUAUAAUUCAUAUAAUAAUCUAUUUAGGAAAUUUGGUUGUUUUAAUGUUGUCGGGGGGGACAUCAGUUUUCUUCUUAGAGCAUCCCAGGUUUGGAAACCUGCUCCAGGCUGUGUUGGUGCAGCUUAGCCAAUGCCCUGGGAAAAUGAUUGAACUCACAUCCAGUCAAAUGGGACCCUAUUUCAUCCUAUAAUUGCUGUUAGGAGGAAGGAUUACUGUCCUUGUAUAAUAUGACUGGAUAGAUUCGAGUUAACCCCAUACAAUAACCAAAAAAAAAAACAACCAGAAGAACAGAAAUGUUUUUAUUUACAGAAGAUAAAGGUUACAGAAUUUUAACCAACAAUGAUUUUUAAAGCAUAUAAUACCCUUCAGAAAGUAUCACUUAACAGAGAUUGGUAAUAUUUUGGAAACACAAGUGCAGUUUCCAGGGUGUGAGACUCACAGGGUAGUGCUGGGUUAACAAGAGUAGCCCAGGACAUUAGACCCUGAUCAUUAUAAAUUUAUAGUUUUGCAAAAAUAUAUUACAAAUAAUAUUUUGAACAAGGAUUGUUAUGGUUAGCAGUGCUCUUGGUAGAAACAUGUUUUUGAGCCGAUUCAAAUGCUUGGAACUGGUUUAUAAUACCUUUACAAAGGAGAAGAAAAUACUGACUAAACCAGUACAUAUAAUGACUAUUGAUGAGGGGUUAAUGUAUUCUGGUGUCUUCUUGAUGUUAAAUUAUUUGAGUCUUCAGAAAGGGCAAAAAUUAGACAGUUGUCAAAGAGAUUCUUUAGUACCUUCUGUAAUGUUUUAAAUAGUUUGUGUGUGUUACGGCACUGAUUUCCUGCACCAACACACCAGUGAGAGUUAAGAAGAAAAUAAAAAUUCAUACUUUUGGCACAAUAUGACCAUGCGGAAUCAAUCAAAUUCUCUCCUACUAGUGACCUCAAUCUUAUUUCUUACAUUUACAUUUUACAUAUUUCCAAAUUAUUCUUUUCUGUUAAAAAUCGUAUAUUUUACAGUAAUGAUACAUAAAUUCUUUUACUUCCUGGAAUCUUAAGAUAGCACAUACACACACAUAUGUUUUUGGAAAGCCCAACUUCCGGCAAUAACAUAGCUUGCAUGGCGAAACUGUUUUCUUUCUAUUUCUUGUUGUUUCUUCUUUUGUCUUGUCUACUGAAUAAGUCUCUUAGCUGAAACGUUCUCCUUUUAUUGUCCUAUCUUUAUAUUUCAAGCUUUCACAUAGCUUGUUCCACUAUUUCCUUCACACAGCUUGAACUCAAUCCUUCAUUUAUUAUCCUGUAUAUUGCAUACAUACAUACUGCUGUAAAAUAUUACCUUUGAUGUGUUUUUUUUAUAUUUCAGACAAGCAAGCAGUGAACUAUCAGGAGCCGCACUACUGGUGUAACAUUGUUUAUUAUGAGCUUAACAACAGAGUAGGGGAGCAAUUUCAGGCUUCUUCUAAUAGCAUUGUUGUGGACGGCUUUACUGAUCCUUCACGCACCGACCGCUUUUGUUUGGGUCUUCUAUCUAAUGUAAACCGUAACUCUACGAUUGAAAACACUCGUCGACAUAUAGGAAGGGGUAGGUGUCCAGUUGUACUGUUUAUUUUUGUUUGUACUGGUAUUAUAAUAUUGCUGUUGGGUUAAAAGAAAGUUUAUUAAAAUAUUUUCAUAUUUAAUUUUUUAUAUUUUUUCCAGGUGUUCAUCUGUAUUAUGUCGGAGGAGAAGUGUAUGCAGAAUGUCUAAGUGACAGUAGCAUUUUUGUUCAGAGCCGUAAUUGCAAUUACUCUCAUGGUUUUCAUCCAACAACUGUGUGCAAAAUACCACCCAGCUGUAGUCUCAAGAUAUUCAACAACCAGGUAUAAAAAUAUUUUUUUAAUCAUUUGUAUUACGGUACUGGUAUCAAAAGCUGAAAAUAAAUAUAAAUAUGAUAAUUUCAUGCUGUUUGACUGUGUGAUAUCACCAAGUUUUAGCUGGAAGGUGCAUGGAUCGUUUUUUGACAAUAUUGAAUGACUUUUUCUAAAUGAAUGUGAUUGUGACAUGAAGUAAUAUGAUGACCAAAAAUUAGUUUUGACCACCAUCCUCAAUUUGUAAAGUAAAAUAAAUAUUACCUUUAUAUGACAUACACAACACAUACAAAGUCAUAAUUAAAAACUUCAUAAGUAAUUACUGAAUAGAUUAAAGUUUAGAUCUUUUAUAUAAAAGCUUAUACUAAUGUCUAACUCCGCCUUUGCUGGUGCUGAGUUCAGAUGAGAAAGGAGGAGGGUUGGAUGAAAGGCUGGUAACCACCUUCCACUUAAAAAACAUUUGCUACAGGAUUGUCAAAAAAAACAACCACCUCUUAAUGAAUGUGGACCUGGAAGCAUAACUGGGAAAAGCUGAGUAAACUUGGAUCAGGAUGCUUGGAACCUUAUAGUUGUUGCCUGUAUCCCCGGCGGGGCAAAUGCAAACCUGAAAAUAAAAUCUAGGAAUGUAUGAUUAAUGAUUCAACAGCGAAUAGUCUAAUACUAUCCCAUGAGUAUCAUGGAUCGCAGUCUCUCUCAUCCCUUGGUUGUAUUGGGGGUUGGGAGGAGCAGUUGGAGGUAGACUGUGGGGAGUUGGCUUUUCAUUUUCCUGAAAUCUGAUUGACUCCAUAAACAAUUGAAGUGUGUUUUGUACAGAACCACAGGAAGGGAUUGUUUUUAUUUUGUUUUAAGAAUCUAAUAUUUUGCAGUGUACCGGUACACAUUUUUUAUAUAGUUUUCUGUUUGGGUAUUUUUCCAAGUGGCUUUUUUUUCCUUUAGUGUGCAAUUUUUGGGCUAAGACAUAGUUUCAUAGUAAUGUGAAAUUUUACUGUAAUUUUCUUAUUAAUUUUUCAGGAAUUUGCAGCCCUGUUGUCCCAGUCAGUUAAUCAUGGCUUUGAGGCUGUGUAUGAACUAAAUAAAAUGUGCAUCAUCCGAAUGAGUUUUGUCAAGGGCUGGGGUGCAGAAUAUCACAGGCAAGAUGUGACUUCAACACCCUGCUGGAUUGAGCUUCAUCUCAAUGGGCCAUUGCAAUGGUUGGACAAAGUCCUUACUCAAAUGGGAUCUCCCAUGAACCCCAUCUCUUCCAUGUCAUGACCUCAUUGCAUCACAUUAUAUGAUUUUUAUUUUUAUAAAUGCCCUAAAAUCUGCAAAACAAGCAAAAAGUAUUUUUCACUUCUUAUUAUGCAACCUCUUUUAUAAAUGUAACAUGUUCUUUUUCCACCUCAGCAUUUCAUGUUUUUAAAGUUAAAAAUGUAUUGGAAGCUUUAAAAAAACAACACGAUUGUUACGGUUAUACAUUACUGUGAAGUUUUAUUCAUUUGAAUCCACCGAAAUAUAAAAAUGUAAAGCAAUAUUUAAAUUUAAGAGUUUACUUUAUUAUCUUAUAAUGUCAAAUACUUGUGUUAUUUCAACUCAAUUCAAGCAAUAACUAUGUUUUCAUAACUAAAAUUUGAAUGCUAGCGGGAUGCACUGGAUAUUGGUGGUAACUAUUUGAUAAGUGUGCUAUCAGUGAAGCUAAAACUGCUAGAUGUGGGAUCUUAUCUUGUCAUUUUUCAGUUUUCUUGAUGUGAUCUUUCUAUUUAUGCAGUACUUAAAAAAAAUUUAAUAAUAAAUAAGCUGUACAUGUACUUACAGAAAAAAAAUCGAACAAAAAGAUGCACAGAUUGGUCUGUUUCAUAUAUAUAUAUAUAUAUAUAAAUAUAUAUAUCAAUUAAUUAAUUGUCAAGUGGACUACAAUACAAGUGACUAUUAAUUUAAAUUAACACAAACUUUUGUUUCUUCCAUUUUUUUACCCCCACUUUCAUUUUAAUGAAGUUGGUGUAGCUGAGAAAUGGUUAAAUUCCACCUACUUAAAUAAAAUAGGAGUUUUUAAUGGAGUACCGUAAAUUUGGUUAUGCUUGUAAAGUUAAAUUCAUAACCCAUCAUUGUGCAUGAUAACUGAUGAUGCUCUCUUUAUAUCAAAAUAGAUUUUUAAAAAUAAAAAAGCCAUUUUGGCAGUAUUGCUUUUCUUGAGGAAGGUAAAUCAGUGACACAGAGCUAUAUUGUAUACACUAUUGCCAAGAUUGGCAAUUUAUUCAGCACUGACAAAGGCAAAAGCUAUUCAAAGGUCACCAGAUAAUGUUUUGUUGUAAUAUAUUUCUUCUAUUGAAGGCUUUUAUAAAGUUAUUUUGACUGUAGAGGAUUGGUUUCAACCAACUGUGUGUUUGUUCUUGUGUAGAUCACACUAUUUGAUAAUUAAUAAGGAUACAUUUUAAAAUCCCCAAAUUUACACAUGUAUAUAUAAAUAUGUCCGAGUUCUACUUCUAUACACAAUUUUUUUCAGUUGAUUUUAAAGACAAAUCAUUAUAUAAGACUCAUGAGAAACUUUUCAGAUUGUGUUCAUAGAAAAUGAAAUACAUUGCAUUCAUUUGGAAAAUUUGCAUUUGUUAACAAAAUUUGUCUCCUAUUUAUCAAAAGAUUUUUUAUUUACAUUAUGGUUAAUUAUCUUUGUGAUAAAAUCAAAUUGUGUUAAGAUGUUUACUUCUUGUUUAACACUUUAAAAAACUUAAGAGUUCAUUAUUUUGUGAAAUAAUUGUUUACCUUGGGCUCUUAAUAAUGUCAUCAGUUGUUUUUUUUUAAAAUAUUAAUUCCAAUUGUGAACUUAUGAAGAAACAUGGAAGCCUUAGUUCUAAGAAGUUUAAAAAUAAAAAGGACAAAUCAAAUGCUCUUUUACUGCUGGCAAAAAUUUCAUAUUACACAGCAUGUUAAGUAGCAUUUACUGUACUGUUAGUAGUUUCUUUUUAACUUAGAUAUCAUGGAUAUAUUUAAAAUCGAAAUGUUUAAAAUUGAUGUUUUUUUUAAUAAUAUAUUUUAUUUUAGGAUUACAUGUUAGGCCUAACUGACUGAUAAUCUUGUAUAUUUAAAAAAGGUUUCAUAGAAAAUAAUUUUUCUAGUAUAGCACUACAUUUAAAAGUGUUUGUAGAAGUCAUUGUUUAUGAAGUCAUUUGUAAAUAAUAUUGAAUACUACAUUUCCUUUUCCUGGAAAUGAACAAAUGCAUUUGUCUAUUGAUCACCUGUUUUUUUGCAUGCAUUUCUGUGUAUGUUCAAUUCAUGAUCAGAGCUAAAUAAAAUAUUGAUGGAUUGUUAACAGUCAGCUGGCUGCAUAAUAAUAAAUACAUUUGUAGUUCUGAAAAAAAUGUGUAGCUUUAUUUCAUAGUGGAAGUUUUAACAAGCACAAUUAAAUUGUACUUGCUUAAUCCAUUUUGGGUGUUAUAUGUAAAAAUAAUGCAUAAAUAAAUUAGUUUCUGGCUAUGAAUGUAAGCUUCUUUUUUUUUUAAAUGUAGGCAUUCUAACAUAAAAACAUAAAUAAAAAAGUAUGAUUUUAAAUGGGUUUUUCUUUGUUUCUGGCAGUGUAGGAUUAGAAUACUAACAUCAAAGUUAAAUGGCGGUUUAACAAGAAGAGAACUUUAAAAUAUUGCAUUAUUUUAACCUUUUUCAAGAUCUAUGAGGUAAAAAUUAUAAUGCCAUUUUACUGAGGAAAUUUGAAGCACCAGAAUAAUUCCUAACAAAAAAUCCGACUCAUUGAAAAUUUAUGAGCCUUCAUAUUUAUGUUCCUGGUGAGGUUCUACACAUGGCUUUAUAUGCUUUGUAUUACAUCAACCAUAAAUAACUUUCAUAGACCUAUGCCAUAAAAUUAAAAAAAAAAAAAAAAAUAAAAAAUGAAAUG